GUAGAGUAGACCUUGAUAAUCUACAUAGAUCUAGAUCUAGAUCUAGAUCUAGAUCUAGAAAAACAUAAAAAUGAAACUACUCGUCAGUAAUCUUUUGGUUCUGACAUUCUUUUUGGAAGCUGAGUGUCGAGAAGUAAACGCACCAGCUGGGAAGUUCCGUGGGUCAGUCCAGAAAUCUCUUCAAGGUCAGCUUUAUGUGGCGUUUCUGGGAAUCCCCUUUGCUGAGCCACCCGUGGGGGAGCUCAGGUUUGCCAAGCCAAAGCCUUACCCCAAAAUUAAAGGUACAUAUGAUGCCACAAAAACUCCGCCCAUAUGUAUACAACCACAAGGUGUGGACUUGGGAGGUCCUGGCCAGGAAGAUUGCCUGUACCUAAAUGUCUACCUGCCAAUUACUCCAAUACAGGAAGACGAAAAACGACUAAGAAAAGUCUUUGUUUACAUCCACGGAGGUUCAUACUUCAUGGGGUCAGCCAAUGAAUAUGUUCCUGGUGAUUUAGUCUCCAUGGGUGAUGUCAUUGUUGUGACUUUUAACUACCGCUUGUCCUGGCUUGGGUUCUUGAAGGGGGACACGCCCGAGUUGCCUGGCAACCAGGGCCUCUGGGACCAGCUGCUGGCUCUACAGUGGGUCAAGGACAACAUCAAGGCCUUUGGGGGUGACCCUCACGACAUCACCCUAGGGGGGAACUCCAUGGGCGGGGAGAGCGUCUCGGCUUUGAGCAUCAUUCCUCAAGGUCGAGGUUUGUUUACCAAGGGCCUGAUAAUGAGUGGCACCAUGUUUACCUGCCCCUCCACCCCAAAAUCCUCCGACGUCCUUUUUGAUCUUCUCACCACCAAAGUGGGCUGUGGAAACACAGCAGAAAAUCCCAAAAACAACAGCGCCAUUGUGGAAUGUCUGCGCUAUUUGCCAGCCAGCUCUUUCAUCCUCCCAUUGGAAGGGCACCUGACAAACAAGUUCACCACAAUAGACGGGGAACUGUUCUCUGCUCCGAUAGGAACCCUGAUAGCUGACCAGUCGUACCUGGAGAGUGUAGGAUUCUAUGAGAGGAAUUAUAUUGUCAGCCUAGUCAACAAUGAGGGUGCUGUAGAGUAUCAUGGACCAUUCCACAUCGGCAUGGAGGCAGAUGACUUAACAGCAGAGUUCCUGAGCCAGAAAUUCCGUCUGCCGGUGCAGGUGUGCCAGUCAGUGCUGGACUGGUACAAGAUGGCCAACAACUCCUACAUCAGGCCUGGCUACGACAUCCUGGGCGACCAGAUCAUUGGGCUCCCAGCCUUCAAGUUUCUUGAGACCUUCGCAGCUAACACUGAAAAUACCAUGGGAGAGUCUUUCUUCCUGUGGUUUGAUCACUUCCCCAGUUACCUCCCCUCCACGCUACAGGGGAUGCUGCAUGGUGUUGAUUUAACAUACCUGUUUGACCUGGAGCCUAAAGACGUUCUACGCUUCUAUUUCAACUUGAAAGGCACCAAAGAUUUCACAGAAGAAGAUUUCAAGCUGAAGCGUGUGUACAUCAGAAUGUUGACAGACUUCAUGAGAAAUAUCCACCCUGGAUCUGUGUACAAGCAAGAAUUUGAUCUAGAGUGGCCCAAGUUUGACCUGGAGUCUGAGUUCUACCUGAACCUUGGGAGCCAGCCCAGCAUCAAGCAGUUCCCUCUCUACUACAGGAGGAAGCUGUGGGAUGUAGCGGUGCCGCAGUUGAUGGAGGAGUAUGCUGAGAGAGGUGGUACACAGGGCAAAGAUGAGCUGUAGCAUGUACCUGUGUAGAUGUUUACCUGUGUAAUUACAUGUCUAACUGUUUACCUGUGUCUCUGUUUACCUAUGUAGUUGUUUACCUUUUUAGUAAUUUACCUGUCUAGUUGUUUACCUGUCUAAUAAUUUACCUGUUUUAUUGCUUACCUGUCUAGCUGUUUACCUGUCUAGCUGUUUACCUGUUUUAUUGCUUACCUGUCUAGCUGUUUACCUGUCUAGCUGUUUACCUGUCUAGCUGUUUACCUGUUUUAUUGUUUACCUGUCUAGCUGUUUACCUGUUGAGCUGUUUACCUGUUUUAUUGUUUACCUGUCUAGCUGUUUACCUGUUGAGCUGUUUACCUGUCUUGUUUACCUGUCUAGCUGUUUACCUGUCUAGCUGUUUACCUGUUGAGCUGUUUACCUAUCUUGUUGUUUACCUAUCUAGCUGUUUACCUGUUGAGCUGUUUACCUGUCUUGUUGUUUAGCUGUUUACCUAAUUGUUUACCUCUGUAGCUGUUUACCUGUCUAGUUGUUUAGUUGUUUACCCGUCUAUACCUCCACGCUUCUAACUAUACACUUUUGUCACGCCAAAGGUUGUUUUUUAAUCAGAGGUUGUUUUUUUAAUUAUACAUUUUUAAUUGGAACAUUUUUUAUAUACAAGAUUUUUAAAAUAGAAUUCUGGCAAUUCUUUAAUCAAUGUAUGCCAGGUACUAAAUAAGCUGCCUAUAGCCAUGGCUGUUAGCUAGCCCACAACAAGGCAGAUUCUGGUCUUAUUGGUCUUUGAACCAGCAACAAAUGAGACAUUACAGUGCAUGGGAGGGUGAUGAAAACCAAAUUAGACAAAAUGCUUAUUUAUAAACCUAAUUCUAUCAUAUGUAGCAUAUAGUUAUAUCUCAAAGAGUUGAGCCAAAAAAAUUAGAAUUGGCCAAAAAUUUCCUGCCAUUGCCAUGGUGAUGGUGGCCAUCUUGGAGUUUUUUUAGCAUUUUAACAUUAAAAUAUCUUUCUUAAUUAUUAUUAAAAUUGAUCAAAAAUUUUUUUAGUUAUUCUGUUUACAUGUACCAACAUAACUGAUAGAACACAUGUUUGAAAAUUUGUUUGGUUUUGUUUUACAGUUAAAAUGGGUUUUUUUUGCACACAUUUAGAUUUUUUAAAAGUGAUUUUCAGAUAUUUUUUUUUGUAAAAACAAAUGUAUUUUAAAAUAUUAAAAUGUAAUCUAUUAGAAUUGUUACCAACAUGCAUCUCUAUAAUCCUGCAAGAUUUAAUUGAAUUUGCCUAAGCCAUCUUUGAAUUAUUUCAAUGUUAAAAAGGUAAA